AUGCUUCAAAAGUGCUCACGGGGUGUAUUCAAAUGUUUCAAGUGGAUGGAGAGAGUCGGGGACGCUGUCACGGGGGCCGUAGGCCCAGUGUUCGUAUUCUUCGCUACAGUAUUACUUUCCAUGGGCAUUUUCUCCUUCUUCGAACUCAUCGCUCCGACACUAUCUGCUCCUUUGCUCUCCGUGCCCUGCUGUUUACUAUUAGCGAUGAACCUAGUGCUACACUACUACUGGGCAUGUACAGUAUCCCCAGGGUUAUUAGAAGACCACAGAUAUUCCAGGAUACAGAGUUCCGAUUCCUCGUCGUGGGCAAGCAGACUGCGACGGUCUGACCCUUGCAUCCCUGUGCAUCUAUGGGAAACUAUGACACCGGCGCCCACAAUACAGUGCAGAAGGUGCCCAAAGAUUAGACCAGAGAGGGCGCAUCAUUGCAGGAUAUGUAAAUCUUGCAUAUUAAAAUACGAUCAUCAUUGCCCUGUACGGAUCAAUCAAUGUGUAGGUCUUGGGAAUGAACGUCAUUUCAUUCUCUUCAUGGCGUACCUUGUCAUUUGCUGUUCGUUCUUUGUGACCCUUGGCUGGCCACUCGUCAUAACCGCCAUGGAACUUGACACUUGGAUGCACCUGACACCGAGAAUGUGCUUCAUGCUGGUGUACAUUUUAGCUGUCGCGCUGGGUUUCGCCGUAGGUGUCAUGCUCUUCUGGCAGCUACGCCUUGUCUAUAGAGGCGAAACAGCCGUGGAAAAUCACGAUAAUGCCCGCUAUACUGGAAUCGCUAAGAAGAGAGGGAAUGAAUUCAUCAAUUCUUUCGACCUCGGUCUCACAAGAAAUUUUCUGAUGUUCUUCAAUAUAGGACCGCAAGGAUAUUCCGCCUGGACGCUGAUAGUGCCAGCGCGGUGCAUGCCUUAUACCGAUGGAUGGAGCUGGGCUCGAAGACCUGGGAUGGAUCGUCAUCAAGGCAUUGAAGCCGAAGAUGAGCUGACUGACGACGAACUGUAG